CCCACCCGCCCCGCAUUCCUCAGGGCAGGCCAGGGUGUUCUGCCCGCGCGGGCGGCAGGGAGACGCAGCGCGAGAUCAAGCCGGGGCGGCGGUGGGGAAGCUGCGGCUCAGUGACUAGCUCCCGGCUGGCGGCAUGUCCCCAGCGCCCCGUCCCCUGCCCCGCUCCCACGCGCGCUCCCUGCCCGUCGCCUGACCCGCCCGCGCGGGGCUUGGCGGAUCCCGACCCGGGGCUUGUCUCGGCGGAGCUUUUAGGGCCACGACUCAGUGCUGCCAGCCGGGCUGGGGGAGCCGAGCCGGGAUGCUGCAGCAGGCGGCCUAGAGGGGAGGCGAUCGCGGGGCCCGCAGCUCAGCCGGGCGAAGGAGCCGGAGCGUCUGAAUCUUCCCUCCGGACCCGUCGCUGCUGAGGGGGAAGCAAUGAGCGCCAGGGCCCCGGCAAGUGUCCUUUGGCUGGUGCUGCUGGCGCUGUGGAGACUCUGGCACCGGGCUGAAGCGGGCUGCUCUGAAGAGAGAAGAUGCUGCCCUGGCCGGGACCCAAGCUGUGCCAGCUCCGGCUGGAGGCUGGACAGAGUCUAUGGGACCUGUUUCUGUGAUGAAGCCUGCAAGCUCACUGGGGACUGCUGCUAUGAUUACUCGCAGGCGUGCCCAGCUCUUCCGUGCAUUGUUGGGGAGUGGAGUCACUGGAGUGGCUGUGCAGAGCAGUGUAAGCCUAAUUUGCGAAUGCGUAGGCGCUAUGUGAAGCAGGAACCUAAAAAUGGUGGGGAACCUUGCCCCCUGCUUGAAGAGAAGUCUGGCUGCCUGGAAUACCUGACUUACCAGGGGCAGGACUGCGGACAUGAACACGUUCCUGCUUUCAUAACUACCUCUGAAUACAGUAAGGAAAGAAAAAGACGAGCUGUCUCUCCACUGUGGUCUUCAGAUACAGAGGAAGCCGGAUAUUGUGUGGAAUUUAAAACUGAAUCACUCUCUCACCAUUGCACUGUGGAGACUCGGCCAUAUGCCCGGUGGAUGCAGUAUCUACGAGAAGGGUAUACUGUGUGUGUAGCUUGCCAACCUCCAGCUAUGAAUACUGGCAACCAUCGUUGUUCUGGAGAUGGCCUGGGUUCUGAUGGAAAUAAAGUUCUCCGUUGGCAAGCUGUUGGUAAUCCUCGGUGCCAAGGAACAUGGAAGAAAGUUCGCCAAGUAGAACAAUGUUCAUGUCCUAGUGUGCAUAGUUUUAUUUUUACAUAAAAGUUGGAAAGAGAACUUUGAAGAACAUCCAUGAACAUCUUUAAAUCAAUUUAACACUUUGUGAAGCCACAAGAACUCUAUUUUUCUGCUGUGCUUGCUUGCUGAACCUUAAAUCGAAUUUUUAAAAAAAAGACAAGACUUUCGAAGCCAUUCUGGUCCAGUGUAUAUGUUUGCCCUGUACCCAGAUAUUAAGAUGGAUCUUCUUACUGCUAAGCUACCUUUUUUUUUUUUUUCCUUUUUUGUAAUUAAAAAGAUUG